AUGAAGCCAUUAAAAAGUAUCAUUUUUAAAUCAGAUAUCAAUAUUUAUCUUAGAUUUAUAGGAAAAUAUAAAAAACUUCAUAAGAUCCUGCUAUCAAUAGUUUACAGUAUUUUAUGGUUGAUGACUUUCGGAAUUAAGCAUGCAAAGAAGCUUUCAAUGCAAUAUGUCCCGUAUGCCUCCUACACUAGACCCGGAUUCAUGAAAUAA